AUGAUUGUCGGAAUAUUGGCUUGUGUAACGGCUGCUUUGGCUCUCGGAUCUGUUUUUGCACCGAUCAAAAGGUUUCCGUCCAGUGAUGAGCUGACAAAAACUUUCCUGAAAACGAUCUUUGGAAUUCUAGGAUUUAUGGUUCAAUUCUUCAUGGGCCUCGGUGGAUUUCUCACUAGUUUAGUGGUCCAUGCGAUACUCGGGUUCCCACCAGUUUACGGUUUGGCGAUGUUGGGAGGAUCCGUUUGGUGUUUAGCCAACGCCUUCGCCAUCCUCAUCAUGAACCGACUCGGACUAGCUGUUCCUAUUCUUAUCUGGAGUACUGUAUCUUGUUUAACUGGGUGGGCAACUUCCAGAUAUGGACUUUUUGGUGUGCCAAAAGGAAUUCCAAGUUCAGUGAUUCUGAAUUAUAUUGGUGUUGUUGUCCUGGUUGUGGGAAGCUCCUUCUUUUUGUUCAUUAAAACAAAAGUGUACAAGCCGAAAAUGGCUGAGAAGUUGGCUGCAGGAGUAGAGAUUCCGUCAGAGAAAAGUAACCGACCGGAUCUUUAUCCGGGAGCCCCGAAAGAGGGUCUACCGUAUCUUUUCUCGUUUUUCCUCGGAAUCAUGCCAACUUCCACAUUGGUUUUGGCAGUUUACUCGGGUGUAAAAAAAAACAACCCCUCUCUUCCUUCAUACUUGGUGCUUCCAUCGCUUCUUGCUGGUGUACUUUUCGCAUUUGGAAUGGGCGGAUUCUUUAUUGGAAAUGAGAAAUUGUCACAGACAAUCUCCUAUCCAAUAUGCUCUUUUGCACCCGGUUUGAUUGUCAGUGCAUGGAGUGUACUGUAUUUUAAGGAGAUUACGGGAAAACGAAACCUAAUCCUUCUCGGCAUUGCAUACGCAUUCACUCUGAUUGGAGUCAUCAUGGUUACAGUAUCCAAAGAUCUUUAA